ACGGUCAUCCUGUCUGAGGUCCAGAAAGCAUUUGAGGUGGAUGCUCUGAAGUUCUAAAGAAUCUUUUUUUUUUUUUAUCAAGCUUUUUCCUUAAAAUAACCUGCUUGGCAAACUCCCCAGCACUAGCUGUACAGUGGUAGGAGCCCUAGUCUUUGGCUUUGCGUGCUCCAUGUUGUUUAGCACGGCGAACAGGAGCUUCCUGUGAGACGGAAAUGCUGAUGGUCAGCAGUGCCGUGUCCUCAGUAGCAUUCACUGUUCUAGCAAAAUAAGGCGAGUGGUGACAGCAUCUCCAUGUGCCGGUCGCUGCAGUUACUCAAGCGAACGGCUGUAGUUAGGAUUAUGCAUGUGAAUUUGGCUGUCGGUAAUAGGAAUGAGCAGUUGUUCUUCCAAAAUGAAUACUUCACUGUCUCUCCUACUUCGAUAUUCACUUCAGAUAUAGUGUCCUGCAUGGCCUACUCGUUUUAUAAUGUAUUUAUUAUUUAGGUUUGUUUUCUGCCCCACUUGGGUUCAGGACGGCCUACAAUCAAUGAUAAACAACCCAUGGUUGUGUUGAUUGGAGACUCUGGGGUUGGGAAGAGUAAUCUCCUCUCACGUUUCACACGCAAUGAGUUCAACCUGGAGAGUAAGAGCACCAUUGGGGUGGAAUUUGCCACCAGGAGCAUCCAGGUGGAUGGGAAGACGAUAAAAGCACAGAUCUGGGACACUGCAGGGCAGGAACGAUACCGUGCCAUCACCUCAGCAUAUUACCGAGGUGCUGUGGGGGCCCUUCUUGUCUACGACAUUGCAAAACAUCUGACUUAUGAAAAUGUGGAGCGUUGGCUAAAAGAAUUGCGGGAUCAUGCAGACAACAACAUUGUCAUCAUGCUGGUGGGAAAUAAGAGCGACCUGCGCCAUCUGAGAGCUGUGCCCACUGAUGAGGCCCGGGCUUUUGCAGAAAAAAAUAACUUAUCUUUUAUUGAAACUUCUGCCCUGGAUUCAACAAAUGUAGAAGAAGCCUUCAAGAACAUUCUUACAGAAAUCUACCGCAUUGUUUCGCAGAAGCAAAUUGCAGAUCGAUCUGCUCAUGAUGAAUCUCCUGGCAACAACGUGGUUGAUAUCAGCGUCCCACCAACCACCGAUGGACAGAAAUCCAACAAACUCCAGUGCUGUCAGAAUCUGUGACCUUCUCUAGAUGAUUUGUGCCCCUUUCUUUGUCUGUGUUUCAGUUAGGAACUUAUGUGCACUUCCUAUCUCCUGUGAUUCAGUGACUCCCUCUGUUCCUUUUUCACAUCCUGUCUCCAAACUCCUCCUUUCAUCCUAGAGCUUCAAUUGUAGGGCUAACAUUCCCUUAUCCCUAAAAUUCCCUUUGAAUGUGAUGACUUCUGGGCUUGAAAUGUAGGCACUGAUCUGAUGGACAUGUUUGUGGUGGAACAUCUGCUGCUGGAUAUCACCCCAUGAAACUCCCCUUAAAUGUAUAUUUUUUUUUUUUUUGUGGGGGAGGAUGAGUGGGGGUUUGAUUAUAACAGUUGAAGAAAUAACUACACUUAGUUUUCUCUGAUAGUCAGGUUUUUCAGUCCCAUAUGUUCCCUUUAAUCAUUGGGGAGAAAUUAAGAAGGUAACUGUUCUACCAAACAUUCUGUUUUCUGUCCUGAUGAAGUAUCACAGUGAGGUUAUUAGUAGCUGCGCACACACAAGAAAGCUGUUGAGAGUAACAUUACUUAUAAAUCCCCCAAAUGCAGUUAGUCUGGCUGUGUAGUUUACUGCUUCCUGCCUGGGAAAUCUUUCUCUAGUCUUAAUUUUGUUUUGUUUGGGAACAAUCUAGUAUGUCUGCAUUGCAUUCUCUGCCACCAUGGAUGCCUAUGCAGCUAUGUGCAGGCUGUAUGAAGUGGCUUAAUAUUUAUUCUUGGCUUUGUUAAACAAUUAACAUUAAUGUACAGUAAAUGCCAGCAUAUUGAUUUUAAAACCUUUUUGCAACUUGUAGAUCUAGGUUCAUUUUGUACUGUAGGCUAGUGUCCAAAGGAGAAAUCCUCUCUAGUCCCAGAACUUUUUUUUUUUGCAUGCUGCUUUUUCUCUAGGUCUCUCCUUAACCCAUUUGAGUGAGUGAAGCAAUAUUUUCAUGUCAUGUGUAUAUAUACCUGCACUUGUAAGGUUUUGGUCAUUGUAGAGAAACAAAUACUUUAUACAUUUUGUAAGACUUAUGCAGAUCUGUAGCAUCUUUCAUUUUUCUUUUUGUUAUCUUUCAUCAUUACCUUUGUGCAUAAUCCUUUUUUCUUGACCUCUAACUAAAAUGUGUAAGAUUAUAUGUAAUAUACCCAAACCUGUUACUUCCCUCUUACUCUGUUUCCUGAGCUGCAAGCUGUAAUCUUCAAAUGAUUGUACUCUUACCUGAUGUAGCAGAUAUCUGUCAUCAGCAGGGCUAACAACUAUAAUACCUUCUGUUUUGCUGAAUGGGAAGUCUUUUAUCACAAGUUUGGGUAGUAGUCAGUCUCUUGCUAGCUUCAGAAAAUCCUCUCUGACUUUUGCAUUAGUCACUAGCCCUUGUACUAUUGCUACCUUGCAGUAAACCCUGAGUGUUGUAUUGACAGAGAAACCAGGUGAAAUUAUCCAGUGGGAGAGUUGGGAGCACCAUCUGGUUUCUGAAAGAUAAUUCAAGCGGUUUGCAGCAAACUUUUGUUCUGUAUGGCUUCCAAAUUCUGAGACCAUGCCUCACUUGACAGACAUUAUCUUGCAUGUCAGUGAGUUGAUUUUAUGAUGCAAAGUGAAAUUAAAACUGUAAAUUGUGCUUAUGAGGGGGAAAGUUGACAUUCCAGUUUUGACUGUUUGUGUGUGGUUAUGUAAUAAAAUUUAAGGGCGGUUAA